AUGUUACAUUAUUUGAACAAGUACGGAUUUGAUGACAGGAAAACAGGAGUGCCACAAUUACCUGUAGAACUACUUCAUAUAAUCUUCGAGCAUUAUAUGUCGACCGUUCCGGAAAGACGUGAACAAGAACUAUGUACGGAGACAAGAGAGAUAUGCAAAUUAGCACGAGUGAAUCGUACCUUUCAAGCAUUUUUCAAACCACUAUUAUGGAAAAGAGUUUGUAUCUUCGGCGCGAAAGUACACGGAGAAAAGAUCACAAGUCGAUCAUGCUUUGGAUCUUUUCAAGCAUUGCCCAUGCCGCAAUUAUGGAACUUCUUCUCUACUUUUGGGUCGGCAGAACAUAAAGAAGGCUUUUCAUGGUUGGGACCAGGAUGUGGAGCUUUUUAUGAGAGUGACAUGAAUUUGUCAAAAUUUUCUAUUCCUUUGAUCGAUUCAACCGUGGAGAGUAUCUCGCUCCAGAACUCAAAGCUACCUCGUGAUGUUUGUGAUGGUGAUACACUUAUCGACUGGCUUGAAGAUGAUCCGCAAUCUCAAUUUGGCUUUCGACUAAAACACAAGGAACAGCCUACUGUAUGCCACUGGUUCGUACAACAGUGUAUGAUUGGCGCAGAACAUUCUCUAAAGGAAGUCAACUUCGAUUGUGGUUUGUCUCCACUUGAUAUACCCGCAUUAUACCCUUUAUGGAUAUACUUUGAACGAGUAAGAGUUUUGUCCUGUCUCGAUGCCGGCAAGAAUCGUGCGAACAAUGUCGUCGAUGGUAUUGCCUGGCUGCGUAGAUUAUUGUUACAAUACGAAGGACAGAGGGAUGGCAAUUGGAUCCAAGAACUUAUCACUAAAGAGUAUGAAGCAUUCGAUGGAAGAGAGCCAAGCGAACCAGUUCCUAGCUUCACCGGGCUAGAUGGUAGGCGAUCCAGUUUAUGGCGACUAAAGUACUUUCUUCGAACUUUGGGCUUCAGGUUUUUGGAAGAUGGAUUUGGUCUGGUGGGAGAUAUGGAUUCAAAUCUACAAGCAAAUUUAGCUAAAGUUGUGGAAAGAUUGAAGAAGCAAACUAGGGGAAAAAGAUUGAAGAAGCAAACUAUGGAAAAAAAGAUUGAAUUUCUUGACUUUUGA